AUGAAGAAAUUCUCAUUAAUUGAACACAAAAAUACUGUUCAUUCAAAUACAUAUUUACACUGUGUUUGGCCUAAAUGUCAGUUCAAGACUAAACAUAAAAAGUGUUUAACAACUCAUCAAUUAAUUCAUACAAAUAUUAGACAAUUUAAAUGCGAUUAUAAUAAUUGCAAUCAAGUUUUUAAAACAAAUGGAAAUUUAACUCAACACAAAAAUUGCGUUCAUUUAAAUAAGAGAUUUAAAUGUGAUUUCAGUGAUUGCAAUAAAAGUUUUACAUCAAAAGCAUAUGUAUUUGAACACAAAAGUUGUGUUCAUUUGAAGGAAAAGCCGUUUAAAUGUAAUGAAGAAAAUUGUGGCAAAGGUUUUGGUCAAAAGAAGCUUUUAAUGCAACACAAACGCAAACAUUCGGGAGAAACCCCUUUUGCUUGUAAUUUUAGUGAAUGUAACAAAACUUUUAAAUCAGAACCAAAUUUAAUUCAACACAAAAAUAGGUAUUUCCACUGUUUUUGGCCUAAUUGUCAUUUCAAGACUAAACCCAAAUGCAAUUUACUUUCACAUCAAUUAAUUCAUUCAAAUGUUAGACAAUUUAAAUGUGAUUUUAAUAAUUGUAAUAAAAGUUAUAAAUGGAAAACACAAUUAAUUCUUCACAAAAAUAUUGUUCAUUUGAAUAAUCGAUUUGUUUGUGAUUUCAAAGACUGCAACAAAUGGUUUACAACUAAAUCAUAUUUAUUAAAACACAAAAGUUAUAUUCAUUUGAAUAAAAAACAAUACAAACCAUUCAAAUGUAAUGAAGAGAAUUGUGGCAAAAGUUUCGCAACUAAUCGCAAUUUAAUUGUACACAAAAUGAGUCAUUCGGGAGAAAAGUCAUUCAAAUGUAAUGUUAAUGAUUGUAACAAAGCUUAUAAACUAAUAUCCCAUUUAAUUAAUCACAAAAAUAACAUUCAUUUAAAAAAGAGAUAUAAAUGUGAUUUCAAUAAUUGUAACAAAUAUUUUACCGAUAAAUCAUAUUUAGUUAAACACAGAAAAUGUGUUCAUUUGAAUGAAAGGCUAUUCAAAUGUGAUGAAGAAAAUUGUGGCAAAAAAUUAUCUGAUAAACGUAGACUUAUUGUACACAAACGCGUGCAUUCGGGAGAAAAACCAUUUAAAUGUGAUUAUAAUAAUUGUAUUAAAGUCUAUACAACCAAAUCAGAAUUAAUUUUACAUAAAAAUAGUGUUCAUUUAAAUCUAAGAUUUAUUUGUGAUUUCAAUGAUUGCAAUAAAAGUUUUCCCAAAAAAUCGAUUUUAAAUAAACACAAAAGUUGUGUUCAUUUGAAUGAAAAGCCAUUCAAAUGUAAUGAAGAAAAUUGUGGCAAAAGUUUUGGACAAAAGGGAAAUCUAAUUACACACAAACGCAUUCAUAAGGAAGAAAAAUUAUUUAAAUGUGAUUUCAAUGAGUGUAAUAAAAGUUAUAAACAACAAUCACAUUUAAUUCGACACAAAAAUUGUGUUCAUUUAAAUAAAACGCCCUUUAAAUGUGAUGAAGAAAAUUGUGAUAAAAAAUUUUCAGAUAAACAACAACUCAAUCAACACAAACGCUAUCAUUCGGACGAAAGACCAUUUAAAUGUGAUUUCAAUGGUUGUGACAAAAGUUUUAAAACAAAGAGAGAUUUAAAUCGACAUAAAAAUGCAGUUCAUUUGAAGAAUAAAUAG